GUGUCGGGUUGAUCAUUUUAAAAUUGCCUCCAUGGAGCCAUCGACGUUCCAGCUCUCGCCCAUGUGCCAGCUCAUUGUGUCGCUCGGCGACAUCACGCGCUGGGAAGGCGACGCCAUCGUGAACGCAGCCAACGAGCUCAUGCUUGGCGGCAGCGGUGUCGAUGGUGCUAUUCACAAGGCCGCGGGUCCGAAGUUGUUGCAAGCGUGCAUGCAAGUUCCUGAAGUGCGACGCCACGUUCGCUGUCCCGUGGGCGAAGCUCGCAUCACCGAGGCCUUUUGUUUGCGCGCCAAGUACGUCAUUCAUACCGCCGGGCCCGUGUACCGCCGCAAUUUACCCGUGGCGAAGCUUCUUGGGGAUGCGUACUGGCAUUCCCUCGAGCUCGGGCAUGCGUACGGCUGCAAGACGAUCGCGUUUCCCGCCAUUAGCUGCGGUGUCUACGGCUACCCGCUCGAGUCGGCAGCGCAAACAGCACUUGAAACGUGCUUGGAAUUUGCGGAGGCGGCGGGUGAAAAUGCAUACGACGCCAUCGAAUUCGUGCUCUUCAACCAGGCAACACACGACGCGUGGCUCGCGGCGGCGAGUAAGCUGGCGAUGGUGACCUGUGACGAGCGAGGCAAAUCAACAUGCAAAAAGAGCUUAUUGAUGUAA